CUUUAUGCCCCAGGAAGCGGAUCAGAACAUAGAAAACUUCACUCAUCACCAUGCAUGUGUCUAACUACCAGAAGAUUCGUGUCAUUUGAAAAGACUUAAGGAGGAGGAGAAAGAAAAAAGACUCAGAGGGAAUACAAGAACUCAGUCAGCAGACAGAAACGACAAUAACCCAGUGCUUAGACAUGGCCAGCACCCAGACCAGUUUGAAAACCCCUUUCAAAGACUUGACCUCAUUCAAGGGCAACAUGAAGCGGCUGUACAGGGAGCGACUGGAAGACGCUCCCAUCAAGAAGCGGGUGAUCGCGGAGAUCAACCUGAAGCGUCGCAGUUUGGAUUCCUUCCCCAAAACUCCCAGAGUGAAGAGGGAGCAGAUCGAGGACCUGUGCCACGAGUCUGACAUGGAUGUGGAGGGUCGGGCCGAACUGCACAUUGUGGGCUCUGCUAAAGCCCUGGACCUGAGCCCUGGGCUCAAACACACGCUGGCCCAGUUCACCCUCAGCAGCCAGAGCUCCCUCGGGGGCCCAGCUGCCUUCUCAGCCCGCACCGGCCACGAGCAUUCCCCGGCUGGCAUGCCCCCCCUGCCCUCCCCUCCUGUUCUUGGAGGGGGCCCUCUGCUGGUUCCCUGUGACAGCUCCACCGAACUCACCCACUCACUGCUGGAAGGAGAGUCUAUCUCCUGCUUUGUCGUCGGGGGGGAGAAGCGGCUUUGCCUGCCCCAGGUGCUCAACUCUGUGCUCCGCGACUUCUCCCUGCAGCAGAUCAACACUGUGUGCGACGAGCUCUACGUCUACUGCUCACGCUGCGACGCCGAGCAGCUGCACAUCCUCAAGGUGCUGGGCAUUCUGCCGUUCAACGCACCUUCCUGUGGCCUCAUUACACUGACGGAUGCACAGCGGUUGUGCAACGCUCUCCUGCGUCCCGGGGCGGCCCUGCCCGCCGACCCCAGCGGUAAGCUGUCGACCCAGGGCCUGCUGAAGGAGAGCGAAGCCAGCUUCCAGGUGGAGCACCAGUGUCUGGGGAAGUGCCAGGGUCUCUUUGUGCCCCAGUUCUACACCCAGCCAGAGGCGCCCUGCAUCCAGUGCGUUGAGUGCCAGUUGCUCUUUUCACCACAGAAGUUUGUCAUGCAUUCACACAAGUCACCUGAUAAGAGGACCUGCCACUGGGGCUUUGACUCAGCCAAGUGGCCCUGCUACCUGCAGCUUGCCAGGAAGUACCAAGGCACGCCUGAGGAGCCAAAGCUCAAGCAGCUCCUGGACGAGGUCAAAGAGAAGUUCCACUACAAGCUCAAGAGGUCGCUAGAUAAA